AAAAUUAAAUAUUUUUAGUCAUGUUUAGAUACAUUCACCUAAUGAUGCGUUAUUAUUUAGUUUCUAACAUAUUGCUUGUGACUUGCAGCCAUGGACUUUGUUCUGAAUAAGAUAGAUAAACACUUGGACAAUCAUAGAAGCCUUGAUCAACAUCGGAAGAACCUUAAAAGGAAAUUGGAGGAAUCGAUUGGUUUGAAGAAAGACACAGAAUCUAUAAAGAGAUUAGAGCUGCAGCCGAGAAAGAAACUGAAGGCGGAAGUUCAGAUAUGGUUGGAAAAUGUUGAAAGAGUCAAUGGCGAAGUGCAAGUCCUUGAGGGAAGAAUUGGUGAAAGCAAUGCUUUUACACGUGGAUUUCACAGAGAAGAUGUGUCAAAGAGUAUGAAGGAAGUUGAAGAACUUAUUACUCAACAGGGUAGAUUUCAUGUAGGUUUGGUGGUUGUCAAUCCUCAAUGGAUCGGACAAGUUUUAUCGACAACAAAUUUAUCAGGUGAAGCUGUAAAGGCCUGUGUUGAAAAGAUCUGGCAAUGCUUGAUGGAUGAUGGGGUUCAAAAGAUUGGAGUUUGGGGCAUGGGUGGCGUGGGGAAAACAAGCAUCAUGAAGGUUAUAAACAACCAACUCUUAAAAGAGACAGGGAAAUUCGAUACUGUGAUUUGGAUCACUGUAUCCAACGAGAUGAGUAUUGCUAAACUGCAGAAAGACAUUGCUAGUAAAAUUGGAGUAGAAUUUUACGGUGAUGAAGAUGAAACUACAAGGGCAGGGAUUCUCUUUGAAACACUAUCUCAAAAGAGUAGGUUUGUGAUGAUCUUGGAUGACCUAUGGGAGAAGGUUUCACUUGAGAAAAUAGGAAUUCCUGAGCAGAAGGUUUCACUUGAGAGAAUAGGAAAUCCUGAGCCGUCAAAUGGGGCUAAAUUAGUGUUGACAACAAGAAAAGAAGAUGUGUGUCGACAAAUGGGUUGUAUAAUUAUUAAAGUGAAGCCUCUGAUGGAAGAAGAGGCAUGGGAGUUGUUCUUAGAGAGGGUGGGCUGUGAUAUUCUCAAUAUUCCAGAGGUGGAACCAAUUGCAAGAUCAAUUGCUAACCGUUGUGCAGGUUUGCCCUUGGGAAUAAUUACUAUAGCUUCUUGUAUGAAGGGCAUUGAUGAAAUCUCGGAAUGGAGGAAUGCACGAGAAGAAUUAAAGCUACGCAAAGCGAGUGUUAAUGGAUUCGAAGAAGAAGUGUUCCAACCAUUACAAUUUAGUUAUGAUCGUUUAAAGAAUCCAAAACUUCAAGAAUGUUUCCUCAGUUGUGUAUUAUAUCCAGAAGAUGAGGAAAUUGAAGAAAAAGGUCUUAUUCAACUUUGGAUCGGAGAAGGGCUAGUGGAAGAAAUGGAUAGCAUGCAGGCAGAGUAUGACAAUGGUCGUUCAAUAAUGAAUAGACUCAUCAGCAAUUGUUUGUUAGAAGUUUUUACUGAAGGAGAACAUGUAAGACGUGUAAAGAUGCAUGAUCUUUUAAGGGACAUGGCAUUGCGUAUUGCAAAAUCUCGAUUCUUGGUAAAAGCCGGCACAAUGUUAGAAAAGGCACCAGAUGUGCAAGAAUGGAGCAUGAAUCUAGAGAAAAUUUCGUUGAUGAGGAAUUGGCGGUUAUAUAUACCCUUGGAAAUGUCACCCCCAAAGUGCCCCAGGCUCACAACAUUGCUGUUGUCUGAUUGUGAUAUAGCGAUGUCCCGGGCUCACAACAUUGUUGUUGUCUCAAUGCAAUAUAGCGAGUAUUCCAGAACGAUUUUCAAGCAUAUGGAUGCACUCAAGAUUCUUGAUCUUUCCUGGAAUCCUAUCAAGAGUCUUCCAAUUUCCUUGUCGAAGUGUCCCGGGCUCACAACAUUGUUGUUGUCUGAUUGUCGUAUAGAAAGUAUUCCAGAAAGCUUCUUCGAUGAUACGAAUGAACUCAAGAUUCUUGAUCUUUCCUUCAAUCCUAUUAAGAGUCUUCCGCAUUCCUUAUCAAAUUUGAAGAACCUCACUUCAUUGUUGCUUGCUUAUUGUGAAGAUUUAGGGAGUGUUCCAUCGUUAUCAAAUUUGAAGAAUCUCAUUUCAUUGUUACUUGCUUAUUGUAAAGAUUUAGAGAAUGUUCCAUCGUUGUCAAAUCUUAAAGUUUUAAAGAAGUUGGAUCUCCAAAGAACAUAUAUCAAGCAAAUCCCUCAAGGAAUGGAAAACCUGGUGAGUCUCGAAUAUCUAAAUCUGGAUCAGUCAAAGAACCUAAAUGAGAUCCCAAAUGGAAUACUUUCAAGACUUGCUUGCCUUCAACACUUGAUCGUGGAAGGAACACUGAUAAGUGGAAAGGAGGUUGGUGGAUUGAAGAAACUGGAAAUUCUUAAAGGAAGGUUUUACGACUGGCACAACUUACAUAUGUAUCUCCAAACUUGUCGUGGUCGAGAAGAGCCACGACAAUACAUAAUCUCUGUGGGAGGUGUACUAUGGCAUGCGGUGGGUAAAGAAGUAAGAAAAGACAUUGUUGUAUGUGGUUGUAAUAUUUACAGCUAUCAGAUUAUGCUUCCACGUGACAUUAAGGGAUUGCGUAUCUGGGAUUGCAACGUUGAUUGUAGUGAAGAAUACCCCCUUUUCUCCAGGUUUAUCCUCUCCUCAAUUGGCUCCUUUUCAUAUCUUAAAUUUCUUCAUAUAUAUGAUUGUGGGAAUAUGAGAAAGUUGUUCUCCCCAGACUGCGUACCACUGAAUUUACAAGAGCUUAGAGUUGUCGGGUGUGAGCAAGUGGAGGAAAUAAUAGCAUCAGAAGUGGAUGAAAGAGUAAUGGUUACCGUGGAAUUUCGUCUUCCACAAUUAAGGAUAUUGAAGUUGUGUUCUCUACCGGAAUUGAAGAGCAUUUGCAGUGUGGAUUCAGUAGUGGUUUGUGAUUCUCUAGUAGAAAUUGAAGUACUGAAAUGUCCCAAGUUAAAAAGAAUGGGUCUUAAUCUUCCCCUACCUGAUAAUGUGCCACCAUCUGCAUCUGCAUAUGUACCUCCACCUUCUCUCUUGGCUAAACCUAACCUUCAUUUGCCUAUUCUCUUCUUCCACGCAGAACGGCGCUACUCUCAUCUACAACUCACCCAUCUCCCUCGUUCAUCCUCGCCGCAGCUCUCUCCUCAAACCACCACGGCAGUGCUCCUCACCUCCCCAAGGACGACGCUCGGCCACCGUUCACAGGUGGCCCCUGCUAACUUUCGAACCAGGCACAAAACCCAAACCCCGACGAUGCUAAACCGACAUCAACAAUCAAGCAGAAUAGAACCAAAGUGGAGCAGGGCGUAUGAGCUGUUGCUCGUGGGAACGGUGAAGCAUGAGUUGCUGCUUGGUUCUAGCAUUUCACGUGGGAAGCAGCUGCUAGGGAGCUGUGCACGGUUAGUGGAGCAACAGGACAUGGGUCUCACUCGAGAACCGGCCACUUUGCAGCUGCAAUUGUGUUGUUUCACGUGGGAGGUUACUCGGUCACAGCUGGGAGCUGAGCCUUGUCUGCUCGGUUGUAGUGCUGGCAGGGUGAUGUCCGGUCAAGCAUGGACACUCGUGGGUGAUGCUUGGAAGGGCGUGGAGUAG